AUGGAUUUAGCUGUUCUUAAGAAUGAUAAAAAUUUAUCAUUCAGUAGCAUUAAUAAAAUAGUGGAUGACAUUUAUAAUGAUAAUCUAAAUUUUCUUCUAAAGAAAAAUAAAAAUGAAUUGGAAAGAAAGGAAAUCGAUCAGUUCAGCUAUAAUAUUGAAGCCCUGUUAAACUCGUUAGAUGAGGAAGGAUUAAGAUUACAUGAAGAAAGGAACAAAAUGAAGGAAACAUUCCAAACUAUAGCUCAGCAAUUAAAAAACGUGAAGAAAUCAAUCAAAAAGACGGAACAAUAUAUUGAGAAAAAGGUAAGUGGAGAACUUUUCGAGGACUCACAUAAAACAUUUGAGGCUAUUAAAAAGGACAUUGACAAUUUAUAA